UGCUGUAAUGAACAAGCUGUUCCGCACGACUUGAAAAUAAUCCGCGUGUCAGUGUCAUCUUUCUUAUGCAAAGUAGCUGUCUUUGAAGGCGGAUCUUUUGGCAGGUUAGACCGGGACGGAGGCUCCGACCAGCUCAGACGAGCGCUGCCACCAAACGCAUCAACUGCCUGUUUACGGGAGGAGCAUACGCCUGCAUUUUAAGGGACACAGUCAUUACUAUCAACGAGGAUAUUUAUUUACUUACUUAUAUUGCCGACUGGUUCAUUGUUUCCGGUGCCUUGUGAGCAGCCAUCCCCGCCGCAUAAAGGACUAGAGGAAAAUCGUUUUUGUUUUCCCAAGUUGUUGCACGAGGACUGAAAUCGCAGUGCUACACGGACAAAUACUCCGGGAAAGGUGACACGAUACGUGAGGAUGGAUGAGUGAGUCUUUUGUGAACGAGUAGGGAACAAAUCGGAACACAUUACCGUUCACUUUUACGCACAACAGUAGACCGAUAUGCUCCGUGCAAGAGACCGAACAAGUAGCUCCGACACUACAAAUUGAGCGCUUGAAAGCAUGGACCUGAACGCACGCGACUACCAGCGAGAAAACAUUUUCGGACCACUGCGGGAUUUAUGAUUUUAUUAAACUCUACAAAUCUAACAUGAGGAAACGAUGGUCAUGCAGCAGAUAGUUCAGUAAGUUUUUUUUUUUUCCCCACAUUGAUCUGACACACAAACACCAGCCAGGUUUCAUCUCUGACUUUUUAAUGAAAUGAACUUGUGUGGUGUGUUAUAGUGGUGAACAUUUGGCCUAUUUUUUUUUUCUUUAAAUCAAAAGAAGGAGAAUGCGUUCAACUGUUAAACUGAGCCUCAUCUAUGUGCUACUGGUCCUUUGGGGCGGUGGGGGCUCAGCCAUUAGCCCAAUAGACCCCGACUGGUCAGGAGAGGGGAAAUGUCAACACAUCAACAUCCCCCAGUGUAAAGACAUUGGCUACAACAUGACAGUGAUGCCAAAUCUUAUGGGCAACGACGACCAAAAAGAGGCAGCAAUAAAGCUGCAGGAGUUUGCGACGCUGAUACAGUUUGGAUGCCACAGCCAUCUCAAAUUUUUCCUGUGUUCACUGUAUGCUCCCAUGUGCACGGAGCAGGUUUCAAACCCCAUCCCGGCAUGUAGAGUUAUGUGUGAGCAGGUCAAGCUGAAAUGCUCGCCCAUCUUGGAACAAUUUAACUUUCCCUGGCCUGACUCUCUGGACUGCUCCCGGCUGCCAACCAAAAACGACCCAAACAACCUUUGCAUGGAGGCCCCCAACAACGGUUCAGAUGAGCCUCCCAAAGUCUCCCACACCCAGCCUCCAGAUUUCAGGCCACAGCGGCCAUUGGGCGGGCACGACCUGCACCUUAUUAAGGACAGCGGCAGCAAGCAGACGUGCAGCAAUCCUGGCAAGUUCCACUUUGUAGAGAAGAGUGAGUCCUGUGCCCCCAAAUGCUACCCCAAAGUGGACGUAUACUGGAGUCACGGAGACAAGCAGUUCUCUCUGGUGUGGAUAGCCAUCUGGUCCAUCCUCUGCUUUGUCUCCAGCGCCUUCACCGUGCUGACUUUCCUCAUAGACCCGCAGCGAUUCAAAUACCCAGAGAGGCCCAUCAUCUUCCUCUCUAUGUCCUACUGUGUUUACUCUGUGGGCUACCUCAUCCGACUUUUUGUGGGAGCUGACAGAAUAGCCUGUGACCGAGACAAUGGGGUUCAGUAUAUUAUCCAGGAGGGUCUGGAGAGCACCGGCUGCACAAUUGUCUUCCUCAUCCUGUAUUAUUUUGGCAUGGCCAGCUCCCUCUGGUGGGUUAUCCUGACCCUCACAUGGUUUCUGGCUGCAGGGAAGAAGUGGGGUCAUGAGGCCAUCGAGGCCAACAGCAGCUACUUCCACCUGGCAGCAUGGGGCAUCCCGGCUUUGAAGACCAUCAUGAUCCUGGUGAUGAGGAAGGUAGCGGGAGAUGAACUGACGGGCGUCUGCUACGUGGGCAGCAUGGACGUCAAAGCUCUCACAGGCUUUGUGCUGAUUCCUCUCUCCUGCUACCUUAUUAUUGGCACUUCAUUCCUGCUGUCUGGCUUUGUGGCCCUCUUCCACAUCCGUAAGAUCAUGAAAACGGAGGGAGAGAACACAGACAAGCUUGAGAAGUUGAUGGUUCGCAUCGGGGUCUUCUCUGUGCUCUACACUGUCCCGGCCACCUGCGUCAUCGCCUGCUAUUUCUACGAGAGGCUCAACAUGGACUACUGGCGCAUUGUGGCCAGGGAGCAGAAGUGUGUGGACAGCAGCGGGCCGGAGUCAGACGAGUGCACCAUGAAGACUUCCAUCCCCACGGUUGAGAUCUUCAUGGUGAAGAUCUUCAUGCUGCUGGUGGUGGGCAUCACUAGCGGCAUGUGGAUCUGGACCUCAAAGACACUGCAGUCGUGGCAGAACGUGUUUAGCAGGAAGCUAAAGAAGAGGACGAGGAGGAAGGCUGCCAGUGUCUUCACCAGCAGCAGGCCUUACAUCAAACCUCACCCAUCUCUCAAAGGGCACAGUACUAAGUAUGAGCCUACACGUCCCCCUCCAACAUGUGUAUGAGCUCUCUUUGUAUAAACCCCAAAAAUACUUGUAAAGCCCUUACCUAAAUGAGACUUUGUAAUCAGAGUGCCAUCAAACAAAAGGUUCAUGUUUUAUUUAUGCAAACUGCGUUGACAUGUUUUUUUUGUGUGCGUGUCUUGGGCCAUCUCAUGCAACAAAAUCUGCCUUUGUUUGGGUAAAAACAAAAUCUGCUACUCCUGUAUUCACUUAUCCUACUGAGAAAAACAAAUCUCUUUGCCUCACACAAAAA